AACCUCAGUUCAUUUAGACAUCUUCUUAAAGAAACAUUCGAUUUUAUAUUUCCUUCAAACAAGAAUUGCAUUACAAUAAAAAAAUGCGUUUUCUUUUAAGUUUUUGUUUUAUUCUCACUUUGAUCGCUUUAUCUGGGGCCAGAUCUUUAGCAUGGGGUAGACGCAAUUCCACUAUCGAUCAUAUGUUAUAUCUUGAACAUGUGCUACGUUUCCCUAUAAAGGAUUUUAUACAGGAAAUAUAUGUAGUUUAUCCAAAAGUAGGCUCUAAGGUCAAAGGCAAAAAUGUAACAGCCAUUUAUGUGUUCGAUCAUUUUACCAAUAGUUCAGGUGCUGUGGCCACAUAUACUAGACCGUUGAAGAAAAGUAAUUCCUCCAUAGUCAUUCUGAAAAGUCAACGUUCCCGAGGUAUUAAUACAACAGUAGAGUUUUAUGGCAAAUAAAAAUAGAAUUCUUCAAAAUGAUCAUUAAAGUUUAGCUAAGACAAAAACCUUAAAUUUAAAUUAUUUGUUAAUGUUUACACUCCAUGACUUUUCUUACAAAAUUUUGUAUAAUUUCUUUAAAUAAAUAUUAAAACUAU